AUGAAAGACAUGAUACAACGAAAUUCAAGACUUUCGUCUUUUAUGCGACUAACCCCCGAAUUCACCCGCGCAUCUCAAAGAUCCCCGCGACUCUACCAUCGGGGACAAUAUGUACAACCUCAAUCUUAUCUUCCACAAAGUUCUCCUCCGCCAUCAUACUUCAACAACGAGAUUCCAUGGUCGCAUCAAUCUCGGUGGAUACGAUGGCCCGCAUACUUAUGUGCCGUAGGAAUUGCGGGAUGGUGGAGUUGGGCAGUUUGGCAUAUUGAGAAAGCUCCUUUUACAAACCGACGACGCCUUAUGUUCUUCUCUCACAACGAUAUGGCGAAUAUCCAACGACAUAAUGAAUACUCAGCUUCUUCGAUGCUGGGAAUCUUUCCAGCAAAUAUGAAUGCAUACUUUGCUACCGCGAAGCAUGUAUUGAAUGACCAGGAGGAGGAAAAGAUAGCUCCCGUCUUCCGGAAAUUAUUGAAGGUAGCUCGUGAAGAAAAGUAUGGAGGGAAGGAAGAAUUAUUUUUUUGUCACCAUCUAAUUGAAGCACAAACUAACUACUUUGGCCACGAUCAUUCAAUGUGGCCUGGGCGAAUAUUUAUGACAUCCAUUGGAUUAGAGAUCGUUGCGUUUGAUCAAGUAGGACUAGCUACUAUCAUGAGUCAUCAAUUCGCCCACACGUAUCUUAAUCAUGCAGGGGAAGAGAUGUCAUUCGAGCUUUUUCAACAGAGAGCCUGUUACCCAGUUCCAAUUCUAGUACUGCUAGGAAUUGCAUCUAAACAAAUUCGGAUACCAACCGCGGCGUAUUGCUUGUGUGCUGGAUUAAUGGACUGGUAUGGUCGCCAAUGGUUCCCAAGCAUAAUCGAGAACGAAGCAGACGUGUGGGGGCUGGAAGUUAUGAAAAAGGCAGGAUUCGAUGUCACAAAAGCCACGCAGUAUUGGGAACGCAAGACAAAGUACAUCCAGGCAAUGAUAGAUAAAGCCAAGACAUUGAGAGAGAGUUCCGAUGCACAUAGGAGAACGCUUCUCGAUCAUUAUCUAAAAGAGAGUAGAGAGCGUAUCAAAACUAACAACGAACAUAUCGCAACAAUUCAGAAAUAUGUCAAGGACAACGAUAUUUUACCUCUACCGGUCGAAAACCCCACCACAACUGAUAGUCCACCAGAACCACUGGAACCAGAGGAUCAGACUGGUUCGGAUGUACCGAAUGCGAAAGAAUAG